AUGAGUUCCGAAACCCAGUUUGCUGAAAACAGGACCCGCUUGGUCUCCCACUUUGAUGGCUACAGCACCCGGGAUGCACAGAGCGACGGGUGGGCCAAACUGUGGGAACAGAAGGAACAGGAUCUGUGGGAUCGGGGCCAAGCUUCGCCUGCUCUGACUACGUUCCUUGAAGAACAUCCCUACCGUGAGACGCUGUUCCGAGACCAGAGUCAACGGCAGUUGAAGGCAUUUGUGCCUGGCUGCGGUAAGGGGCAUGACGUGGCGCUAUUAGCACGUCAUGGCUUCAGGACAUGGGGUCUAGAAAUUUCCCAAGGAGCCGUGGAUGCCGCAAACGAAAACGUCAAAUCUCACCUAGAUCCUUCAGCUGGCCAUGUCGCUGACGUCGUGCUCGGCGACUUCUUCCAAAAGGGAUUCGAGGCUCAUUUCGGACCCGACUUCAAGGGUUUCGAUCUAAUCUAUGACUAUACAUUCCUGUGUGCCCUGCUUCCUGAGAUGCGAAGAGAUUGGGCCGAUCGCAUGAAGAGCCUUUUGUCGCCAACCGGUGUUCUCGUGUGCCUCGAAUUUCCAAUGUGGAAGCCUCUGAAAGCUCAAGGUCCGCCAUGGGGUCUGAACGGUGUACACUGGAACCUCCUAGCCGAUGGCGCUGAUGGCCUGUUCGACGACUCCGGCAAUCUUCUUGGAACAGGAAAGGAGCAGGGCUCGUUCGAAAGGGUUGUGUAUUGGAAGCCCCCGGUCUCUUUCAAACAAAGUCGCGGCGACGACAUGAUUAGCGUCUGGAAGUUGAAGCAAUAG